CCCGCCCACAUUAUCAUUUCCGGGCGCUCUGAGAAUAAUGUCCAUACACAGAGAAAGGUAAAGAACGAUCAUGCAAGAUGAUUGGUGGUCUUUUUAUAUACAACCACAAAGGGGAGGUUCUUAUAUCUAGAGUAUUCCGAGAUGAUAUUGGGCGUCAUGCUGUGGACGCCUUUCGAGUCAAUGUUAUCCAUGCUCGGCAGCAGGUCCGUUCCCCUGUAACCAACCUGGCCCGCACCAGCUUCUUCCACAUCAAGCGGGGCAACAUCUGGCUGGCGGCCGUCACACGACAGAAUGUCAAUGCCUCUAUGGUGUUUGAGUUCCUGAUGAAGUUGUGUGAUGUGAUGAGUUCUUACUUUGGAAAGAUCAACGAAGACAACGUCAAGAAUAACUUUGUCUUGAUCUAUGAACUCCUUGAUGAGAUCCUAGACUAUGGUUAUCCACAGAACACAGACACUGGUAUCCUGAAGACGUUCAUCACACAGACAGGCAUCAAGUCACAGACCAGAGAGGAACAGGCUCAGAUAACCAACCAGGUCACAGGUCAAAUAGGCUGGCGCCGUGAAGGCAUCAAGUACAGACGUAACGAGCUCUUCUUAGAUGUUCUGGAGAAUGUUAACUUACUCAUGUCACCACAAGGACAAGUCUUGAGUGCCCACGUUGCUGGCAAGGUGAUCAUGAAGAGCUAUCUUAGUGGAAUGCCAGAAUGUAAAUUUGGCAUGAAUGAUAAAUUGACUCUAGACAAGCAAGGCAAAGGAGACAGUGACACAUCAAAGACUAAAAGCUCUAUAGCCAUUGAUGACUGCACCUUCCACCAGUGCGUCAAACUCAGUAAGUUUGAAUCGGAGCGAAGCAUAAGCUUCAUUCCUCCUGACGGUGAGUUUGAGUUGAUGAAAUAUCGCACCACUAAGGAUAUCAGCUUGCCGUUCCGAUGCAUUCCAUUAGUACGUGAGGUUGGACGAACCAAGAUGGAAGUCAAGGUAGUCCUCAAGUCGAACUUCAAGCCCUCAAUCCUUGGCCAGAAAAUUGAAGUGCGUAUCCCUACACCAAUGAACACCAGCGGAGUGCAGGUUCUUUGCAUGAAGGGGAAAGCCAAGUACAAGUCAAGUGAAAAUGCCAUCGUUUGGAAGAUCAAGCGUAUGAGUGGCAUGAAGGAAGUUCAAAUCACUGCCGAAAUUGAACUCCUACCAUCUGGUGAGAAGAAGAAAUGGGCGCGGCCUCCCAUCUCUCUUAACUUUGAGGUUCCGUUUGCAGCCUCUGGUCUGAAGGUCCGCUACCUGAAAGUAUUUGAGUCUAAGCUCAACUACAGUGACCACGAUGUAAUCAAGUGGGUGCGGUACAUCAGUCGUAGCGGACUUUACGAGACCAGGUCUUAACGUCGACAAGCCUUCCAGAAGAGAGGGAGAGAGAAUGAAGAAUAGAAAUAUCGCACCAGUCAGCGUUUCCAGUCCCAACAGUUUGUACUUUCAUUAUGUAGCUUAAUCUUGUUCCCCUUAUUGUUCUUUUUGUGGACAGUUUUUGUCUCUAAUCCUACCGAAGAAGUCAGUGUUAAACUCUUUCUCUGGUUGGGAAAUAAUUCUUGCAUAAUUUUCUUGUUUUCUUUUAAGAAAUGAUGCCAAGAAUUGUUCAAUGGUAGAUGUUUAAAUCUUGAAACCCACCACCGUUCAAUCCAACUUUGUUGUACACCUUAUAAUUGCUUGACAUCCACACACACUAAUUUAAAUUAAGGUCAUAAAGGUCAUAAGGUCAUAGCUAGGUAGGAGUUGCGCCGCAUAAUCUACUUAUGUUCACAAGUCUGAUCAAGUGUUUCAUUCCAACUGUUUCUCUCAUGAAGGCAAUUAUUCCAAACAUCUAUCCAUCAAUUCAUAAUAAACAACCAUCUUGAUUGGCUAGCUUGCCACCAUCACUAAUCAGUCAUACACAGGACAAAAGACUUCCGCAAGUCUUUUGCUAAACAUCUAAGGUAAUUGCCACCAUCAAACACACUGUACAGAGACUUAUGCAAGUCUAUGCUAAGAACCCUGGCAUACAUUCGCAACAUGUGCUGUCAUCACCAUGACCAAAGGCACUGCUGAGUAGACUUGAGCAAGUCUAUGCCAAGAAUCAUUAUCCUACUACUGCGCUGUACAGUAGACUUAAGCAAGUCCCCUAUCAGGACAUGUUUGAGCAAUAAUCGUGGAUAAGUUACCAGUAAUUCCUUUUGACUGAGUACCAGUCAAUGUUAAGGAUUGUCCUCAAAUUCCAAGUGCUUUGGUAUCCAUGCUAUAGGGGAAACAAAUCCAUACCAUUGUGGUCGCUCCUGACCAGAAACAAUGUUCUUUUUUGGUCGGUCUGCAAACCGUAAUUUAUCUUUGGGUCUUCGCGACAAGGUCAGAGUGUGUUGCAAAGGUGAAGCUUUUAUGAUUUACCCAAGCAUGUUUGCAUGAUACGUAAUAAGCUAACAUAGACAGUAAAUGUAGCCUGUACCCAAUGCCUCCCCCCCCCCCCUUCCCUUAAAAAAAAGGAUAUAAGAAAACUUAGUCUUUAGAAGAAUUUUCCAGUGGUAUCCAACUCGGUGAACUCAUUAUCAAAAUGAGGUAAAAACUCAACGCCUCUCAAAAAACCUCGCCCCCAAAACAAAAGAGCAAAAAUGUAUUAUAUAUCAUUUGUUAAGACAUCGCUUGCAUUUUAUUUUGGUCCAUGU